UGUGGCUUUCCACAUUCUUACAUGUGUUAUGAUGAGGACCUGGUUCUGGUGAAGGAGAAUAAGACGUGGGAGGAGGCGUUGGAGCACUGCAGGACUCUGAAGGAAGGGAACAGAUACGACCUGGUGACCCUCAUCACCCCGGACGACCACAACUAUGCACGAGAGAGAGCUCAACACGCUUCCACUGAGGAGGUGUGGACCGGUCUGCGUUACCUGGGCGACGAGUGGGUCUGGAUUGCUGGAGAACCGGUGCAGUACCCGGACACGCCAGGCUGCCCAGGUAGCAGGUGUGGCGUCCUGAAGAAAAACAGCAGCUCCCUGUUUGGGAUCAGAGCCUGCAACCAGAGGAAGAACUUCUUCUGCUAUAAGGAACCUAUUGGCGGCUGAAGGCCUCCGAGGUUCUUCACUCAGAGCUUCUGUAACAACACAGAACAUUUAGAAACAAUCUGUUUAAUACGUACACUGACAUUAUAUACAGGUUUAGUAAAAUAUGUAUAUACAGUAAAGAAGAGCUGCCACUAAUUAUUAUUGUCCUAUCAAUUAUUGAGACAGUCAAAUCACAAAGUGCCACAUUGUGCAGAUUUUUUAUUUAAGCACUGAAGCUUCUUUUAUAAAAUAUUAAUUAUAUAAGA